AUGGAUGCUGAGAAUAUUGUGAGCCAAUCACCAAACAAUGCAGAGGACUCAGCUGCAGAAAGGUCAUUCUCAUGUUUAUUCUGCUCAAGAAAAUUUCAUAGCUCACAAGCUCUAGGAGGCCAUCAAAAUGCUCACAAGAAGGAAAGAAUUGCGGCGAAAAAGGCGAAAAGAGCCUCUUCAAUCUGCAAUUUCACUUCAACUUUUCACACCCCUCCAUUGUUUUUCACUCCAAAUCAUCAUCAGUUUGGCCUACUCAAUCCCUCUCUUUACAUAGCCUCCCAUGCAGCCAAUCUUUGUGCAUUGCCAGGGUCACCAUUUUUCGAUCGGUUCGGUUCGAAUGGAGGGGGUCCAAGGUUUGAGAAUCUGGUGUACUAUGGUGGGAAUUACAUGAACAAUAGUCCAUAUCAGUGUGAGGAAGGUGAUCAGCAAAGCUUGUUGAACUGGCAAAGAAAUGGAUUCACUAAAGAAAUUUUGUACCAAAAUAAUAAUGUUAGUAUUAGUGGGAAUAAUGAUAGUGUUGGUAAAGAUCAGAAAAUUGAUUUGUCUCUUCAUUUGUGA